CUCUCUCUCUCUAUCCCCAAACCCUUUCUUUCCAUUCUAGGGCACAUCGCCCUUCUCUCUCUCGUCCAUUUUGUCGCUCCUCUCCAUCUCUUUUCGUACAAUCUGUGUAUCUCUUGUCCUUAUUCUUCCUUCUCUUCAUUGUAUCUGUUUAUUGAUGCCGUCGAUCGAAAUCCUCGACCCUAGACUCUGUUCUUCUUCUCCCUGGGCACAAUGUUGACGCUUCCUUCCUUAAAGCCGUCCUUCUUAUCCUCGUCGGAGUCGCACCUCUGCCCUUCCAUCGCGCAAUCCGAUGCGUUCUCCUCCGUACGCUAUAAAUGGCGGUCGGCGGGAAUGCGGCAGAAAACGAUCCUCGUGAAGGCACUCGACGCCGCUCAGGCCUACGAUUACGAGGCGCGGAUGACGAUGGAGUUGGAGCGGAAGUCGAAGCUCAAGAUUGCCGUCGUGGGCUUCGGCAAUUUCGGCCAGUUCAUCGCUAAAGCCCUAGUCCGACAGGGACACACCGUUUUGGCUUAUUCUCGAUCGGAUUACUCAUCCGUUGCCAGGGAAAUGGGCGUCGCCUUCUUUUCGGACGCCCAUGAUCUCUGUGAGGAGCAUCCGGAAGUCGUGCUCCUCUGCACGUCGAUCAUCUCGACGGAGGCUGUUCUCAGGUCGCUGCCGUUGCAGCGGCUGAAGCGGAGUACCCUCUUCGUCGAUGUCCUUUCCGUGAAGGAGUUCCCCCGCAGACUGUUCCUUCAGAUCCUGCCGCCUGAAUUUGAUAUCCUCUGCACGCAUCCGAUGUUCGGGCCGGAGAGCGGGAAGAAUGGUUGGGCCAAUCUUCCCUUCGUUUACGAGAAAACGAGAAUCGGCGACGAGGACGCUCGGGCUGAUCGGUGCGAUCGUUUUCUGGAAGUCUUCGCCAAUGAAGGAUGCAGAAUGGUGGAGAUGUCGUGUGCAGAGCAUGACCGCCACGCUGCCGAAACACAGUUUAUCACGCAUACCGUGGGGAGGAUGUUGGGGAGAUUGCAGUUGCAAUCGACUCCAAUCAACACGAAAGGUUACGAGACGCUGCUCAAUUUGGUGGAGAAUACGUGCGGGGACAGUUUUGAUCUGUAUUACGGGUUGUUUAUGUACAAUGUGAACGCUACAGAGCAGAUAGAAAGGUUGGAAGUGGCAUUCGAUUCACUGAAGAAGGAAUUGUUCGGCCAUUUGCAUGAUAUACUCAGAAGACAGAUUUUCGAUGGUGACAUGGGGAAGUUGGAUGGUUUCCCGAAGAAGAUGGUGCCGGCCCUUCCGGAAAACGGUUAUGCAAAGGAAUCGAAGAAUGUGCAAGAGGUGAAGUCUUAGUUUCUUCUUGGUAAUGCCGCCAUGGAUGCCUGUUGUUCUUUAUCAACUGUGGAUUCUCUUGCGCCAGGAAAAAUUUCGCCGAGUUUACUCUAGGCACAUCUUGUGGAGUUGUGGUUUAUAUUUAGGGUGGGUUAACACCAAUGUCUUGUAAGGUUUAGUACUCAUCGAUACAACAAAUAUGAAUAAUAUCUCCUUGUGUGGUCACUUUUGUAAUACAAAUUUAGAUGCUAAUUAGUGAUUCUAUCUUUUCUCGUUUCA